AUGGCGGGGCCGCGGUUGGACCUGGGCCCUGUCAAGGAGCCGCUGGGACUGGUGCGGGGCCUCCAGUGGUUUUUCUCCAUCUUCGCCUUCGCCACCUGCGGGGGUUACAGCGGGGCCGUCUCCUUCCGGGUCAGCUGCGACAGCCAACCCAACACCACCGUCACCGCCCCCUUCGCCUACCCCUUCCGGUUGAACCACGCCAUCUUCACGCCCUCGUUGACCAACCUGUGCAACAAGACGUGGCCGGUGGACGUCCACCUGGUUGGUGACUUCUCUUCCUCGGCCCAGUUCUUCGUCACGGUGGCCGUCUUCGCCUUCCUCUACAGCAUGGCCGCCCUCGCACUCUACCUGGGCUACUUCCACCUCUACCGGGGGGCAGGCGGGAAGCUGCCCUUGGUGGACUUCUUAACCACCGUGGCCUUCUCCUUCCUGUGGCUGGUGAGCUCCUCGGCGUGGGCCAAGGCCCUCACGGACGUCAAGACCUCGACGGCGGCCCCCCUGCCCAACUGCCGCUCCCCCGCCGUGGCCUGCUUCCCCGCCGGGGUCACCCCCAUGGGGUCCCUCAACAUCUCCGUGGUCUUCGGUUUCCUCAACCUGGUGCUCUGGGUCGGCAGCUGUUGGUUCGUCUACAAGGAGACCAACUUCCACCGCCCGGCCCCGCCACCCCCCGCCGCCGCUCCCACCGCCGUGCCGGCCGCCAUGUAA